AUGUCACACGAGCUGAGGUACGUCAAUGGGAAGGCGAUCGACAAGGCCUGUGAACAUAUUGGCUGUUUCAUGGUGGUGUCCAAGAAGAACUAUGCCUUGCACAUAAAGAGGACGCAUCAUCACGAUGACCCUUUUGUUGCCCAUGUAUGCAAAGGGUGUGGAGUUGUGGCACUGGAGAUGGCAAUUGAUACUAUAACGAGAAACUUGAACGCAGGUGCCAACUCUGAAGCGGAUGCGCCACUGUAUCCAUUGAACAGCGAGGUCAAUGUUCUGUUCGCACCAGCCAACGACCACGAGCAUGAGCUAUUUGGAACUUGGUGGGACGCCACUGUCGUUGACUACAAUGCUGUCACUAUGUUGUACACUGUCUUUAUAAGAAGGCGUAAAGACCAAGAGAAAGAUACCUUGGGUGUGGAGUUCAUUACCAAGGGCAAUCAUCUGACGUUGGAAAGAGAUGAGAUUGUCCAUGGAGGAUACGUCAUCUACAAACCUGCGCGUGGAGGAGCAUUCCGAGCAGGUGCCAUCCAAACGCACAAGGGCGACGAGGCAGUCUCAAAAACUCCCGCUGGCAACGAUAAAUGUAUGAUCACUGUUGAGUUGCUUCCAACAAUCAAUGAUACAAACGACGAGGUCAAGCUUGUCCGCUGCACAAUCAAUUGUUGUGCGAGGCUGCAUAUCUCUCGACAGCAGUUAAUGAGUACUGGAUGCUUUCAAUUAUAA